CUCUCUGGUCUCAUGGGGGGUCAGGGUGGGGCGGUCAGGGUGGGGCGGUCAGGGGGCACCACCUCUGAACUGUAAACAUUCUCCCACGUCAACAUGAGCACGUGCCCUCCUCAUCCUCCUCAUUAGCUGACGCAAAGAUGCCUCUGCUGCUGAUUGGCCCAAAGUUUUACUGAUUUGUCAUUGUGUGAGUGCGUGCGCGCGCGCGUGUGAGUGUGUUUCUGAUCCAAAGCUGAAUAAAAGGUUGAGCAGAACUUCUCCGACCAGCUGUGAUCAGAAAGGAGCGCAGCACGCGUCACGUCUCAGGGACCCAGCAGAACCGACAGAACCAGAACCAUGUUCGCCGCCUGCCUGGAGGUCCUGGGGAUGAUCCUGUCCGUCGCCGGCUGGCUGCUGGUGAUGAUCGCCUGCGGGCUGCCCACCUGGAAGGUGAACGCCUUCAUUGAGGGCAACAUCGUGGUGGCGCAGACCAUCUGGGAAGGGCUGUGGAUGUCCUGCGUGGUGCAGAGCACCGGACACAUGCAGUGCAAGAUCCACGACUCGGUGCUGGCGCUGGCGCAGGACCUGCAGACGGCCCGCGCCCUCACGGUCAUCUCGGCCGUGCUGGGGGUCGUGGGGCUGACGGUGACGGUGGCCGGGGCGCAGUGCACCAACUGCCUCAAGGACGAGACGGUGAAGAGGAGGGUGGUGUACGCCGGCGGGGUCAUCUACAUCCUCUGCGGGCUCUUCGUGCUGGUUCCCCUCUGCUGGAUGGCCAACAACAUCAUCACGGACUUCCACAACCCGAAGGUCCCCCCCGCUCAGAAGAGGGAGAUCGGGGCGUCCAUCUACAUCGGCUGGGCCGCCGCCGCGCUGCUGCUGUCCGGCGGCACGCUGCUCUGCUGCUCCUUCUCCCGGGGAGCCAGAAGCCCCUUCCCCAUCAAACUGGCUCCCACCAAAACCAUCACGGCCAGCGGCGAGUUUGACAAGAAGCACUACGUGUAAACCCACUGGAGGACAGUUUUGUUUAGGGGACUUUUAGUUGGGCAGAAGUCCGUCCAGUUUCGGACGGUUCGCUGACCCGGAGCUCAGAAGUUCGCAGGAGAAAAGCCUGUAAAAAUAUGAGUGUUGUUGAAAUGAACGUAAAUUACUGAGGCGGUUCGUAGCGGGUCAGCACGGCCAGGAGCCUGAACUCUGAGGACAAUCAGAACCAGAUUAUAACUAAGGGCUGGGAUGUGGCGAGGUUCCGAUCCAGUCACUGACUGUAAAACCGAGCAGGUGUUGUGGUUGAGUUUUCUACUGUUUUUGUCAUUUUUGUACAGAUUUCUUUUUCUUAUAAACACUACAGCAAAAUGUACUGCAUUUCCUUUUUUUUUUUUUACAUAAAGAGUCUCAUGAUA